GAUAACGCAUGGGGUGCCAGUUACGCAGAGCUCGGUGGGCUCAUCACUUUGUUACAUUAAAUGAUUAAUGUCACAAAUAAAGUGCGCAAACUGUAAAAAUGACAGGUGUAACUUCCAUGCCCCCAUGUGCACCCAAUGGUGUUAAAACAAAGGUGUUUGGUACUUUGUCAGGUGCAGUUACCGUCAGAGUUGAGCCAGUUGGACGGUGGUUCGAAGCCCAUCUUCACAGACGCCACCAUCACCACAACCUCUCCCACACCUCUGGCUCUCUCAGGUCUGACUCCUCCUCCGAUAGCUCUGAUGAUGACUUGGAGUAUGACGAGGACGACUCCAUGUUGCUGACCCUUGACCCUAAAGAAUGGAAGAAUCAAGACCACUAUGCAGUCCUGGGAUUGUCCAAAGUCAGACAUGAGGCUACUGCCGACGACAUCAAAAGAGCUUAUAAACGGAUGGUCCUGAAGCAUCAUCCUGACAAGAGGAAACCCAAAGAUGGAGUGACCAAGCCCAGACAAUCAGGAGAUGACGACUACUUUACUUGCAUUACUAGAGCAUAUGAAAUUCUUGGAAACAGAACCAAGAGAAGGUCAUACGACAGCGUCGAUCCUAAUUUUGAUGACAGCGUCCCUCCUCUCAACAACAACUCACGUGAAAACUUCUUUAAGGAGUUCAGUAAGGUCUUUGAAAGAAAUGCAAGGUGGUCCAAAAAGAAAAGAGUGCCACAGCUAGGAGAUGCAAACUCCACGCUUGAAGAAGUCAAUAAAUUCUACCAUUUUUGGUACGAUUUUGACUCCUGGAGGGAAUUCUCCUACCUGGACGAGGAAGAGAAGGAGAAAGGCGAGAACCGGGAGGAGAGACGAUGGAUCGAGAGGCAGAACAAGACAUCCAGGCAGAGCAGAAAGAAGGAGGAAACUACGAGAAUGCGACAGCUUGUUGAUAAUGCCUACGCCUGCGACCCCAGGAUCAAACGCUUCAAGGAAGAGGAGAAAGAGAAGAAAGCAGCAGAGAAGAAAGCCAAGCAGGAGGCCGCUAAGGCUGCCCAGAUGGAGAAGGAGCGAGAGAGACGGGAGGCACUGGAGGCGGAGCGACUGGCCAAGGAGAAAGAGGAAGAAGAAGCCAAGGCCAAGGCCCAGGCAGCCAAGAAGGAGAGAGACGCUGCCAAGAAAGUCCUCAAGAAAGAGCGUAAAAUGCUCAGGGAUAUAUGCAAGAAAGACAAUUACUUUACAGAUUCAGAAGCAGACAGAGUCAAACACAUGGCGGACGUAGAGAUGCUGUGUGAUAGACUGUCGGCAGUCAACCUGCAGACUCUAAACGAAUCCCUUUCCAAGGCAGACCAAACAGCUGCCGCCGAAAUCUUCUCCAAACAGGUGUCCGACAUGCACGCCGAGAUGGAGAGAGAGAGGCAAGAGGACCUGAGGAAGCUGCAAGAGGCCCAGUCCGGCAAAGGAGGGGGUGGGGGCUCGGGAGGGGCGGGGAAGAACUGGAGUGAGGAGGAGAUCCAGCUGCUGGUCAAGGCCGUCAAGUUGUUCCCUGCCGGCACCGUGUCAAGAUACGAAGUAAUUGCCAACUUUAUCAACCAGCAUUCCACUUCCGAACACAAGAAGACGGCAAAAGAUGUCAUUAACAAAACCAAGAACCUACAAAAACUGGAUAGCGCACAGAAAGAGGAAGUCAACAAGAGAGCCUUUGACAAGUUUGAGCAGACCAAGAGCAAAGCCAAGAAGCAGGAUUUGUCGGCCCCAUCGGAACGGCUCGACACCGCAGACGCUGUGGAGGAGAAGAAGUCUCCUGAGACAGCGGAAGGUCCGAAGCCAUGGAGCACCGACGAGCAGAAGAGGCUGGAGCAAGCGCUGAAGACGUACCCCGCCAACACCAAGGAGAGAUGGGACCGCAUCGCGGAGGCGGUGCCUGGGCGCAGCAAGAAGGAAUGCAUGCUCAGAUACAAGGAGCUGGUGGAAAUGGUGAAAGCAAAGAAAGCAGCACAGGCAGCCGUGGCCAAGAAGUGAGAACUCAGCAGGCUGCAUCCGACACUGUGGAGCAGCGUCCACAUAGGUCUCUCUCUUUCGAGGUGGAUCACGAGGGCUCGGUGUCAUGGUGCUGCGUCCGAGCAGAAAUGCAGUACUAACCAUGGCAGAAAUAACGGUGCAUACUUUAACCCCAAAAGAGCUCGGCUGUCACUCCGUAACAAUCCGGCUGUCAACUGGCUCGGUCCCUGAUCUGGGAGAAAAGAAAGUUUUGUGAAAUUGAAGCUUUGAUCCAAAAGCAGUAAAUGUCUCCCACCAUAAAUCAGGCAACUGAGACGAUUGUAGUCGUCAAGGAAAAAUGGAAGUUGCGUGUUGGAAGCCCAUGUGCAACUUGUGUUCAUGGAAGCAUUUUUGUAAGCAGUCUGUAAGUUUUUAUUUAAAUCAGCUGCAGAAGCUGCUUUUGGCUAUUUGCUUUCAUACAUCGUGUUUUUUCUUUUCUUCAAAUAUAUUAUUUUUAAAAAGUAACUUAUCGUUGAAUAUAUUAUACGAUCUGGGUAUAAUGUCACUGAACGGAAAGCAGCUGCCCUGAAAAGAUAGCUGUGCGAUAGCAGCUCCUGCGAUCCCAGCUGCCUAUAAUUUGAGGAGACCACUGGCAAAUAAUGCCUUUGUCUAUUCAUAAAUAUUUGGAUCACAGUCAAGCAGCUGUGAUGCCUUGUAACAUUAAUAGCAUCAAUCAUCACACCCAUCUUUAUCGGUAGUUUACAUCUCUGAGAUUUUUUCCUAAGUUCCCUCUUGGUAAGUGAUAUAGUUUUGGGGGAUUUUUGCGAUUCAAUCUUUAUGGCCUUGUUAUCCCAUCCGGGAGUUAGUUUGCAGCAUGCAUCCAGAUCCAGCGCUGAGUUAUAGAGAUACGUACUCCAGUCUGGUAUUAUUUUUACACCGGGCAUUUGGCAAUUUUCAGAGUCACAUUUCUGCACCAGUACACAUGGAAUUUUAGUUCCACCAUCAACUACUAGAACAAAUCAUCUUUCUUUUUAGAAGAAUAUUGUGCCUGGUAAACCAGAAAACCCUUUAUUUCACAAGGCCCUUUUUUGAAUGUCUGUUUAAAUAGUUCUGCUCUGUCUAGCUCUGAGCCUGAUUAAAAAACAAGUGAAUCCAUGGAGAAA